CGUAAUAUCGUAGGAUUGGUACGACCAAUCAGAAGUCUGAUAUACCAAAUCACAGACCACCUUCCUUGAGGGCUGGCUUGAUGUUAUGCGAAAAUAUCCGCGAUUUAAACAUCAAAAGUAACUAACAAACUAAACUAUUACUUACAGUAUCACUUGCACCAGGACUAACCCUCAUCCAAGGAAAUGUGGACUCAUUUGUUUUACAUAUUAAUCUGUGUCAACUUGUUUAAUGGAUUUACCAAAGGCGAAAAGGAUCCUGACAUUAAACAAGGAGACAGUGAGCUAUAUUUCUUGAAUGACUCUCCGGAAGAUCAUAUUGAAGGAAGUGCUGUGGAUGAAGAAUUUGGAGACUUAGAUCACUCUUCUGGUAUAGGAGUUGAUGAUGAAGAUGCUCCAGGCUCUGGAUUUGGACCAGAUGAUGAUGAUGAUGAAGAAGAGGAUGAGGAAGAUGAUGAUGCUGGAUCUGGCGGAUUAUCUCCAAUUGAACAUCAUCCUGGUAUUAAAACAACCACUAUGUCUACUAGCAGCACAACCAAAUCAAGAAAGCAAGAUAAGUCGUAUCCUCUUCCUGAUGAAGAGAACAGGAUUCCUGAUGCGAUUGAUCCUGUGACUCAUGAAACCUCUACCAGGCAUAAUAUACCUGAUGUAGCUCCUACAAAGUUCACAGAUUCUAAUACUCAGAGUAAUGAGGUUCACAUCAUGGGACAAAAACAAGAAGAAAGGCAAACUUCGUUCUUUGGUCAGCCUGGAAUACUUGCUGCAACUGUGAUUGGCGGUGCUGUUGUUGGUCUUUUGUGUGCCAUCCUUCUUGUCAUGUUCAUAGUAUACCGAAUGAGAAAAAAGGAUGAGGGAAGCUACGCACUAGACGAACCCAAGCGGUCUCCAACUGUAAAUUCGUACACUCGCAGCAGCAACAAGGAGUUCUACGCCUAAGGACCAUGUUAUUAAGGAAGGAAACAUUUUGCAAGCUACCAUUUGGGUUGGCAGAAAACUUUUAAUGUUGGGACUUAUUUAAUUUACAUGUAUUGAAUGAGAAUGUGUGCGUGAUUUUUUGAAAAAAAAAAGGGAACUGUGUUUUCCUUUUUAAAUCAAGCGUGGCUCGGGACUUAUCAGCUGCAGUUGCUGCGUUUGUGUGCACAGAACCAAACUCUUAAAUGCCAUUGUCAUCUAAGUAUACAUUUCGUUCAUUUUGUUGGUUACUGAUUUGGAAUGAGUUCAUUUUACUAUAGGCAUCAACUUUGGAUCUAUGGAAGAGUUGUCCUUUCCCAACCGGCACAUGCAUCGCAACUUAGUGUGGUGCACUCUUUUUCAUGUUUAUAGAUGUUGUAGAUGUGCAUAUAAAACAGAAUUUCACCUGUCUUUUUCUGCAAUCUAUAGUCUCUAUCAAUAGGGGUGGCUUGGAAAAAAAAGUUUAUAUCGUCCUUAAUCUUUUCUCCCUAUGAUGUAGCAUUUUUUCAAAUGAAAAUGUUUUUUUAUUAACUUAAAUUUAAUGUCACCCCUAAAUUAUAAACUGAUUUUACGAAAUGGUAUUUGUUUAUUUGCGCAAAAUUAAAUCUUUGUAGCAACAUUCCAUCUGUAGCUGUAAACCUACAGAAGCUUUUCAAAUGUUAUUGUCCAAGAUACCUCCGGACCGUUUUUGCAACCUGUCAUUAUUGCAUCAGAACAUUGUACACAUCUCGCAACUUUUCUAUAAAUUUUGUCAAUGUCGAGUAAUGGUUAAAGGAAACAAAAAAAAAAGUAAUAAUGCUUAGAGUACCCUUUGUUCCGGGAAACAGUAAGGCUCUGCUCAUUUUUCGACCAUCUUGUAAUUUUUAAAAGUUUUAAGCGUUGUCAAUGUUGCCAUUUUCUUAAAGCUUAUCCUAUUCACGAUUGUUAUAAGAUGCUAAUUGAAUUGAAGUGAAGAGAUUCGUACUUCAUUUGCAAACCCUUAGUGUUGUAGUUCAAAUAACAAGACUGUAGGUAUGAUUGUUUAUUUCUAUACAUCAAAGUAAAUCUUUAUAAAUUAUUAUUUGUUGCUUUACUUACAAAAUAGUUUUAAGUGUUGUAUAAAUUUAUUUACAAAUAUUGAAAGUUUUGUUUACCAUCAGCUGUGUUAUGUCGUUUUGUUUUGUCCGAUGUCAAUUUGAGUCAAUGUAGUAGUGAUACCUUAAUUUUAUUGACUGUAACUAUUAUUGCAUUUUUGUUUCUUAUUCUUAGUCUCCAGCUGGGCUGGUUGAAAUGUAGUGCCAUUAAAUCUCAAAUUUCUCAUAUACUUCUACCUUAACUCUAGCAUUACAAUAAAUGUAUCUUAAGCAUAGAAAGAAUAGUGUUUAUUUGAUUAAAAUUUUUGCUAUUAAAAUGUAAUCAAUUUUGUUGAAAAUAUUUUUAUUUAACUAAACGCUUAGGAAUAAGGCUUUUAUCCAAUGUUAAAGUAUCUACUAAUUCUGCAUUCAUAUUUUCUAUGAUAAAUGUAUUAAAAUUAAUUUUUAAAUGUUUAAUGACAUACUAAAUUUUGCUGAACAUACAACAAUUUAAAGCUCAAACAGUGCCUUGAUAUAUAAUUUUUAUUUAAAAAUAAAAGUAAAAAUUGUAAAUGGGGAAAAAAUUAUAAUGAUUUUUGUGUUUGUUCUAAGAAUUGUUUUUGCUUUCUUAGUUGUAAAUAUUUUCUUUCUUAAAAUAACACAUAUCAAGACACUUUUCAGAUAAGUUAUUUUACAUCAAUAGUUUCAGGUAUAUAAAGUUUGGAAGAUAAUUGUAAUACAUUUCUUAUAGGCCAUGGGAAUUUAGAAUUUAGCUACUUUAACAUUAGGUGAAAGCAGCCUUAAUACUAGUUAUCCCAAAAGUGACCAACUGUUAGAAAAUCAUCUAUAGAAGAAGGAAAGGAAAAAGUGUGUUAUUUUGCUGUUUGCUUAGGAAACUAGAUAUUUAUUCAUCUCUAAUUAUGAGAUUAAUUGCAAAUUUUGUCAAGAGAUGGCAUUGCUGACUGAAAAACCACAAAACAAUGUUUUUUAUUGCAUAUAAAACCUUUCUGACUGAAAUAUUUGCACUGGCAUCUGUUAAUUUCAUUCCAGAUUGUCACUUUGUUGUUGCAAAUAGUGGAUAUUUUCAAAACUUGGUUCUAUUGCUUUUCCUUGGGCACCAUUUUGUGACGAUUCCUGUUAAUUAUUUUUAAUUUCAGAGAAAAUAAAUCUCUUCUUGUGCAUAACUCAGCACAUUUCUUGUUAAGUUAAUUUUCUUUAAUUGAUUUUCUAUAUAGUUGGUAAUUUUAUGGGUAACUUGUUUUCUAUUUCUAUAUUAAUUCCCCCCUCUUAUAAAUUAAUGAUCUCAAUAUAAUGAAUUACCUUUCUUUAAGAGAAAGCUUAACUAUGAAAUCAGAAAAUGUGAUAGGGUCUGACCAAAACAGAGUUUGAAGGAAUCACAGAGACUAAAUAUUAAAUGUAAUGUUUAAUUACUUCAUUUGUAUGAAGAUUUUAUAUGUAUAUGUAACAAAUUUUUGCAUCAUUGCGCAAGUGACCAGUGUGUUUUUUAAGGUAAAUAUGUGUAUUGUAAUUUGCGAUAUGUCAUAGUAUCACUACUAGUUGUAAUGUUGUCUAUUGUAAAUUUUUGAAAUUUUUAUAGGUCUCUUCAAUUAAUGUCUCUUUGUGAUGGGAAGAGGACAAAAUUUUAUUUAACAACUUUAUUAGAACUUCAUAGUGUUUUUUAUGAAUUUUUAAAUUGUCAAAAUAUCAUUUAGAGUAUAAUGAAUGUCGGAUAUAAUAUAUGGAUAUGCGCAUAAUUGUGAAACUUUUACUUGCUUGCCAACUAUCAAUUCCUAUUUAAUUAAAAAAUUUUAACAUUUA